GGAGAGAGAGCGCAGGCGCAGUCAUCCGAGUUAUGGUUGAAAACUAGCAGCUAUGCCGCGCAGUGUAGGACCCAAGCUAAAUGUGUCUGACAACAGCAUUAGAUGUGGAUCCACUGAGGAGAACUGAGCAGUGGACAAAUAAAACGGAACAUCUGAAAAACAAUUGCGAAUUAUUGUCUUCUCCGGAUAACUUCCUCUUCAACCCUCGACGAACCGAGGCGACGAUCAUUCCUUCCCCGGGCAUGCGAGAGAGAUACCGAGAGAGAUACCGUCACCACCAAUGUUCCUCCUAGCCUCCGCCUGAGACGCCAGGGAUUUACUCCUUGUCCGUUUGUUUUUAGUGACUAUUAAUAAAACAAGCAGAAACAAUUAAGGGGCUUCAUUAUGAUUUUGUUAGCAUUUCACACUAGAAGACGUUUGAAUAGCUUUUAUCUAGGGACGUUGUGCUUGCAAUUCUUGCUGUGGAUUUUAUGUGCCGUGAAUGGAGAGGAACAACCGUUCAGCGUAGAGACAUGGCUCCAGAGGUAUGGCUACCUUCCCCCUACAGACCCCAGGAUGUCGGUCCUGCGGACGGCCCAGACCAUGCAGUCUGCUAUCGCUGCCAUGCAGCGUCUCUAUGGCCUCAACGUCACAGGAUCGCUGGACAGGAACACUAUAGACGAUUACACAGUAAGCUGGAUGAAGAAGCCCCGAUGUGGUGUACCAGACCAGCUAGGAGGGGCGUCCAAAUUCAGUGUCCGGAAAAAGCGGUACGCCCUAACGGGGCAGAAGUGGCAGCAUAAGCAUAUCACAUACAGCAUAAAGAACGUCACGCCCAAGGUGGGCGCAGAGGAAACCCAUGACGCCAUCCGGCGGGCGUUCGAUGUGUGGCAGAACGUGACGCCGCUCCGCUUCGAAGCCGUCCCCUACAGCGACCUGGAGCGUACCAAGAAGGACGUGGACAUCACCAUCAUCUUUGCCUCGGGUUUCCACGGCGACAGUUCGCCGUUUGACGGAGAGGGAGGCUUCCUGGCCCACGCCUACUUCCCGGGCCCCGGAAUCGGAGGGGACACCCACUUUGACUCAGACGAACCCUGGACCCUGGGCAACCCCAACCACGACGGUAAGAUGGGUAAUGAUCUGUUCCUAGUGGCAGUCCAUGAGCUGGGCCAUGCCCUUGGUUUGGAACACUCCAACGAUCCCACAGCCAUCAUGGCCCCCUUCUACCAGUACAUGGACACAGAGAACUUCAAGCUGCCCCACGACGACCUCCAGGGCAUCCAGAAGAUCUACGGUCCACCAGAUAAGGUUCCCCAGCCGACCAAGCCUUUGCCAACAGCCCCCCCACACCGCUCACAACCCCCCUCGGACCCUCGCAAGCCUGACAGGCAGACGCGACCCCCCAGGAUACCUACGGGGGACAAGCCCAGCCAGCCCAAUGCCAAGCCUAACGUCUGUGAUGGAGGCUUCAACACCCUGGCCAUUCUGAGACGAGAGAUGUUCGUGUUCAAGGAUCACUGGUUUUGGAGGGUACGGGACAACGCAGUGAUGCCGGGGUACCCCAUGCUCAUCAAUGUCUUCUGGAGAGGACUUCCCCCCAAGAUAGACGCUGUCUACGAGAACAGCGAGGGGAAAUUUGUCUUCUUCAAAGGGAAGCAGUUCUGGGUAUUCAAGGACACCAUGCUCCAGCCCGGCUACCCCCAGGACAUCUCUAUGUUCGGCCACGGCAUGCCAACCCAGAGCAUCGAGACCGCCGUCUGGUGGGAGGACGUAGCCAAGACAUACUUCUUCAAAGGGGACAGGUACUGGCGCUACAAUGAGGACAUGAGGACAAUGGACCCAGGCUACCCUAAAUCCAUCACUGUCUGGAAGGGUGUCCCAGACUCUCCACAAGGAGCCUUCGUAGACAAAGCCAAUGGUUUCACCUACUUCUACAAAGGGAAGGAGUACUGGAAGUUCAACAAUCAGAGGUUGCGAGUUGAACCUGGUUACCCCCGCUCCAUCCUGAAGGACUUCAUGGGCUGCGACCUGACCCCCAUCGACCCCGAGUGGCCGCCCACGGAAGACGUCGACAUUGUCAUUGAGCUGGAAAACGAGGCCAACACAGUGAAGGCCAUUGCCAUCGUGAUCCCCUGUGUCCUGGCGCUCUGUCUUCUUGUCCUGGUCUACACCGUCUUCCAGUUUAAGAGGAAGGGAACGCCCAGACACAUACUGUACUGCAAACGCUCCAUGCAGGAGUGGGUGUGAUGACUCUGGGUGACACACAGGGGUCCGCUAGUUGGACCAAUAUGACUUUAUUAUACCCUCCAGUAUAAUGGAAUCAAUGGUCCGGAAAUGACAUCCAGACAGAGGUGGUGGCGGUUGUAGUACGCCGGUGACUCCACUAUGAUCUGAUCUAAUUUUAGGCCUACUCCCAAGACUCCCCCGUCUUUUUAAAUGGGAGCGGGAGAGGGUGUGGCCUUUGCUUAGAUACCCCUCCACCCUGAGAUUGAACAGAGGGUACUGUUAUUUUGUAUCCCAUCAACCCCCAUUCCUAGCCCUGCCCUUUUAGGACGGCGCCUGGUGCAACCGCUCUUAAACGGGGAAGAACUUUCAUGUGGCUUUCAACUCUUCCCAUGGUGCACUGCGUCAGUCAUCUUCCUGUUGUCAUAUCAGGCUGUCGCCCAAUCAGAGGAACACAGCCAGUUCUUAUCUACAGUAUCUUAGGUCUUAUCCCCUACUGCACGCGCUCAGAAAGACAAAAGACCCCCAAUAACAACUGUUGCUGAAGUUAACCACCCAGUUACCAACUCCUGUCUCUUUUUAUUGUUUUUUUCCUUCAAAAUAUAAUUUAUUUUAAAAAAAUGAACGUUUUUACAGUCCUGUUAAAAACAGUCCUGAAGAAAAGUACAACCCAAACCAAAUAAAUACUUGUUUCUCUCUAAAGAGGAUGCUUUUUUUUCAUAAUCAUUUUUGCUAUCACUUUCUUUUUCUUUUCUUUUUUCUCUCCCUGCUCUUCUUGAUCCUUUAUGCAGCGGAAACUUUGACUGUUGUGGCAGUCUGUCUCAAAAACAGGGGCCAAAAUAUUUUGCAAUAUUUUUAAUCGCCUUAAUUAAAGAUCAAUUGUGUUCUUCUUGUGUUUCAUUUUCUUGUUUUUUGCUAUUUUGUAUACUGCUUUGUUUGUUUAUUUGUUUACUUGUUUCUUGAAAGAGCUGUUGGGGCCAUAUUGGUUGCUAUCCAAGAUAAAUAGUCAUGGGUUAAACAAGGUUGCGUGCCAAAUGACACCCUAUUCCCUAGAUACUAGUAGUAUAUAAUAUCUAGGGAGUAGGGUGCCAUUUGGGACGCAACCCAUGUUCUAUUACCCAGAUGCCUCAGCGCUGGUUUGCCAGACCACCAGAACAGGGGAAAGAUUCUGCCUGUAUAUAGAGUUUAAGAUAUUAGUCAAAAUAGGGAGGAUGAAGGUUCUUGGAAAAAGCCGCUAAAGUUGAGUGUUAUGGUAUUGUUAUGGUAUCUGACUUGAUAUAUAUAUAUAUAUCAGUUUGAUAGGAAAGACUGAUAAAUUAAAGAGAUUCAAAUGCUGUUACAUUAUAGAUUUGCUUAUUGUUUGGUCCUGUCAACCGACACUCCCCCCUCUGAAAUGGUAGUUCUGUAUUGGUUAAGUUUGCAUCCCAAAAGAAUUGUAUGGUCUUUGUAAACGUACGGACAGACCGUGUUUAAUCUUCUUGACUGCCUUGUUGAGAGAGUUCUACUUAAGUCACAGACGCCUACUACCCAUGAUGCACUUGUCUCUCGACCGAGGACCAAUAGGAGUGACAGUGACGUCAGUCAAGACAAUGCAGUGUCUUCUCCUGUGUCCAAGUGCAUGCAAGCAUCUACAUCCACUUUGGACUGCUCAGAAAACCUCUACGAAAAUAAAACAGAAGAAGUGAAAACAAACAAUAUGGACAAACCGGAUUCACAGAUACAGCAGUUUGUUCCUCCAGUGCUUGAAAACAGGUUGCAGUUCCAGUUCGGUGGAACAUACCUGCAGGUUCCUUGUAUGCGAAUAGAACGCACCAUGUGGCAUGCAGCUUGACUAGUGGUUCUGCCCAAAGCUUACGGAAGGACUUGAUGAUGAUGCUCAAACUCUUGAAUAUACCUUGUUUGCAUCUAUUUGUUUAUGUUUCAUGGCUGCGGGUUCCCUUUCUGGUACUAUAAAAACAAAAGAGUCAUUGGAACCUCACGAUUCAAAUGGAAAAUAUCUCACCUGAGCUAUAGGAAGCAGGCAUUUAGGUCAUUUCUUGGUAAUUGGCGAGUUAGGUUAGGUUGGCCAGAGGAAACUUGAUUUGAUUUGGUCACCGAAUCCUAAAAAAGUAACUUGUGUCGUUGCUUCAUGGUGAGCAGUGUUUGAAUGUGUGUCUGUUUCAUGAUAAUGGUUUCCUACUUUCUUUCUUUUUGCAAAAACAAAUGCGACAUCCUUCUUCCUUCUCCGUGUAAGACAGAUUGGGACAAUGGAAAAUGUCCUGACAGAAUUAAUAAAUUGAUCAGUAUAUGAUUAAAAAAUGA